AUGCGCAGCGAAGAGCCUAGCGAGCCGUAUUCUGUGCGCGGCCUGAGCUCGGUCAGGUCGACGGAGCGCAUCAAUCAGAUCGAUCAAGUACGAGCCUUUGGGAUUGGAGAUGUUGUCUCUCUCCCCCAGCUGGUAGUUUGUGGUGACCAGUCAGCCGGCAAAAGCUCUGUCCUGGAAAGCGUUACGGGUAUCCCGUUCCCACGGAAGAGUGGACUUUGUACGAGAUUCCCCACUGAAAUCAUCCUUCGGCACAACUCCAAAGCCACACAGAUUACGGCCACUGUUCAGCCACACGCCUCGAGAUUAGAAGAAAAGAAAAACAUCCUUUUACAGUACCGUCGCGUAUUAAAGGACAUGUCGGAGCUCCCUGGUGUUAUCGAGGAGGUGUCCGCAUUAAUGGAGAUCCGCGGGUAUGGGAACCAUAGCACUGGGAACGCUUUUGCGUCUGAUGUCUUGCGGAUCGAGUUCACGGGCCAGACGAACCUCAACCUGACUAUUGUCGACUUACCUGGACUCAUCUCUGUGGCCAAUGAAGAGCAGAGCGAAGAAGACAUCCAGGUGGUUAAAGAUAUGGUCAAAGGCUAUGUUCAGAGUUCUCGCACCAUUGUGCUAGCAGUGGUGCAAGCUACCAACGACAUCGCCAACCAGGUCAUCAUCCAGCUUGCACGACAGUACGACCCCGAAGGUGAAAGGACGGUGGGGAUUAUUACCAAGGCGGAUUUGAUCAACGAGGGCAGCGAAGCCAGCCUCGCGCAACUUGCGAACAACCAGGCCAACAUUAAACUGAACCUUGGAUUUUUUCUUUUGAAAAACCCGAAACCGUCCGAAAUGGAAGAGGGUAUUAACCCUAAACAGCGGUCGGAAAGGGAGUUGCGAUUCUUUUCGGAACCCGUCUGGAAGCAGCAUCUCGAUAUGAGUCGUGUGGGGGCCGAGAAUUUGAAACUUUUCCUGCAGGACCUUUUGGAUUCCCACAUCGAAAAGGAAAUGCCCAAGGUGAUUGAGGAUAUUAAAAAGGUCCUGCACAUUACGGAGGAAAGUUUGACGCGACUUGGCCAAGCCCGUCCCACGACGGGGCACAUCCGUAUCUUCCUGACCCAAGUCAGCACCAGCUUUUCCCAGCUGGUCCAAGCUGCCCUGGAUGGCAACUAUCACGGGCCAUACUACGGGUUUUUCGAUUCAGUUGUCCAUUCACGGUUGCGCGCCGUCGUCCACGAAAUCAAUGGCGAAUUCGCUACGGCCAUUCGUACUCAUGGCAAAAAGAGAGUUUUGAGGCCUGCAAAGUCAGAGACUGGCUGGGGUCGUGAUGAAAAUUCAAUUAAGGAAAAUAGCGAGGAGGACCAUUUCGUGUACUUGGGCACAAGAGGCCGUGAGCUUCCAGGGAACUAUAAUCACGUCCUGCUGGCCGAGCUGUUUAUGGAACAAUCCUCCCGCUGGCUGCCCAUCGCCAAAACGCACGUAGAAAGCGUUAUCGCGACCGUCACCAGGUGGCUGCAAGACGCCGCUCGAAUGGUUCUACCCGAGGACAAGAUUCGUACUAAUGUGCUUGCCAUUUGCUUUCAAUGGGUCGAGGCCGCCGGUAAUAGCGCUUCUAUCGAGCUCAACAAGCUUAAAGAAGACGAGCAGCGCCAGCCUAUCACGUACAACCACUAUUACACCGACAACAUUCAAAAGUCGCGUCAUGGCUUUUUCCGUGAGGCCGUGGAAGCGGCCAUUAAAGAGACAGCAAGCACGGAUUAUCAUGGCAAAUUCCACGUUAGCAAUAUCCCUGUGGAUUUCGCAAGGUUUUUCGAGGCUAUGAAGUCCAAAGUCAAUGUCGAUAUGGACGACCAGGCAUGUGCCGAAGCGCUGGCGGGUCUGGAAGCCUACUACAAAGUCGCUAUGAAGACGUUCGUGGAUAAUGUCUGCCGGCAGGUUGUCGAGCGUCAUAUUAUUGCCCCCCUCCCCGAAAUCUUCAGUCCAGUGACGGUUUCCAGAUUUACGGACGACGAGCUUCGUCGAAUUGGAGCCGAACCGGAAAAGCAGAACCGAAAGCGGGAAGAGCUUAACACCCGGGCUCAAAAAUUGAGGAGCAGCCUUGCAAACCUCCAGCGACACUGA